UCGGCGCAGCAUUCAAGCAUCCCUAUGUUUUCGCCAAGCAUUUCAUUGGGAUCUGCAGGAUUCAAACCACAGCAGUUAUUUUGAAAACGAAGGGGACCAUUAGUAUGAUAACUUUUAUUUGAGUUUACUUCGUUUCUUUCAUUUCUCAUAUUUGUCCUUUGUUUUUCUUCACCUGAUAUCAUUGUUUUUUUGUUAUUUUUUCUACACUCCCAUCCACUAUUCAUUUGCAGCCAGUUUUCUCCCCACCAGCUCAAAAGGGAAUACUGUACGGUUCUCUCCCAGUCUAUUGCUAUUUGAGAGGACCUAGCGGACGUCGGAUUCAUACCUUGGCAGGCAUACCGAGAAUCGGACAAACCGGGGAUUUAUUUAUUCGCGUCGGCGCUGGUGGAAGUGGACAUCCGCGGCGACACUGGUCGCCCUUCUGUUGUGAGGAAUGUACCCGGUGCUCAGGUUGGCUCGCUGAGGGAGAAUAUCGACGCGCUCUCUCUGUAUGAAAGACUGCCGUGCGCCUCUGGUUUUGUAUUCGAGAGGAGUGCGUAUAAAAGGGACUGUAGGCACCAGGUACUUUUUUGGAGAUGCUCUGCAUUUGAUUUGAUCGGUUUGCACAUUUGCUACUUCGUCCCCUUUUCCUCGUUGGAUCGGGAAAGAGUUUAAUUGCCUCAGUCAUUCUCUUGGGCGUUUCACAUCUUUUUUUGGACUUAUCUUUUCGUAAGGGAUUGUGAAUUGUGACCCUCCCGGAAGACAGCAAAAAUGGGGGACUCGAUGUGGAGAUACUAUUUUGGAAUUGUGUUUAUUGCAUGCAAGGUGAUCUUGUCCAGGGCGAUGAUUCUGGAGUCCAUAUAUUGGAACACAACAAAUACCAAAUUCGUACCGGGGCAAGGCCUGGUGUUGUACCCCCAGAUCGGGGACAAGAUGGACAUAGUGUGCCCGCGUGUGGACGGAGGAGUGGGGGACGGCGUGGAGUACUACAAGAUCCACAUGGUCCCCAAGGAACAGCUGGAGAGUUGCACCAUCACCAAGGCCGACACGCCGCUGCUCAACUGCGUCAAGCCGGACCAGGACGUCAAGUUCACCCUCAAGUUCCAGGAGUUCAGCCCCAACCUGUGGGGCCUGGAGUUUUUCAGGGGAAAGGACUACUACAUCAUCUCAACGUCUAAUGGCACCAUGGAGGGCCUGGAGAACCAAGAAGGAGGUGUGUGCAAGAUGAAGUCCAUGAAGAUAAUCAUGAAAGUGGGACAAAGUCCAUCCGACCCCGCCCCGCCCAAAGACAACCCCACCAGAUAUCCACCCAAACACCCCGACGUCGGAGGAAAGGAGUCCCACAAACCAAACGAGGUGCUGAAGACGCCAGGCACGUCGCUCAACGAUGGCAGCGACCAGGGGACAGGCGGGAAGUCGUCCAGCGUGAUCGGCACCGAGGUGGCCCUGUUCGCCGGCAUCGCCUCGGGCAGCGUCAUCUUCAUCAUCAUCAUCAUCAUGCUGGUGCUCCUGCUGCUCAAGUACCGGCGGCGGCACCGCAAGCACUCCCCGCAGCACGCCGCCGCGCUGUCCCUCAGCACGCUGGCCACGCCCAAACGAGGCGGCGGCGGCGGCGGCGGCGGCAACAAUAACGGCUCGGAGCCCAGUGACAUCAUCAUCCCGCUCAGGACUGCGGACAGCGUCUUCUGCCCGCACUACGAGAAGGUGAGCGGGGACUACGGCCACCCGGUCUACAUCGUCCAGGAGAUGCCCCCCCAGAGUCCGGCCAACAUCUACUACAAGGUCUGAGCCGCGGUCCCGCCUCCCCGCCCGGCAGGGCAGCUUUGGAUUGGUCAGGCACCGCUCCUCUGUGAACGCCCCCCCACCCCCAACCCUGCCCCAGAACGCUCUCUCUCCUCCCCUGGCUCUCCUCCCCUGGCUCUCCUCCCCUUGGCCCUCCCGUUGUCUGAGAUUUGUUUUUGUUUUCUCUCACGGACACGUCACUGUUGUGGUUAUUGUCGUACGUCGCAGGAGGAUUUAGAGUGAUGCUGCUGCCACUCCCUGGGGAGCGUCGGGAGACGUCUGCUCCUGCACCCCAGCUCCUGCACCCCAGCUCCUGGUUUCUCACUGCGACUGCCUCUGGAGGCCACGGGCGUACGCGUUUUGGCGUAGGCGUUUUUUUUUUGCGUUUAGACAUGGACAACGGAUGGAGUGACAGAGACAGACGAAUGGACGCUCCUUAGUUUUGGGAUAUGAUGGAUUGUUGGAAAGGUAACAGGAGUGGGCUAAGGACUUGUCCCUGAGAGGGAGAGAGAGACUAAAGCUGGGAAAGUGAGGAAAAAAGACAGGAGGGAGAACGAGAGAGGAGAAGAGGAAAUGGAAGGAAGGAAGGGGCCGACCAUGAACCCAUGUCAGUGAUGGCGGGCAGUCCCUCGGCUUACCAGCCAGAGACACUCCGUGGUUGAAAUGAUGGGAGCGGAAAACACAUGAGGGAUCUGGAAACAUCCACUCUGGGACUACACUGACUGACACGCGGACAUCACCCCAUCACCGAACCACCCAGACACCCACUCAGUCCUGGUCAACUGUUCAGGUCCUCUUAAUAGUUACAAGACACCCUUUUCCCCAUUGUCCGACUUUUUAUUUUCUAGCAUCGUGAUUCAUUAGAGUUGUUACUUGAAAAAAAUUGUUUGGAACAAAAAAAACAUGAUUCUUUUUGUAGUGUCAUAUUGUUGUUGUUUUAUUUAGUUUCCUGGUUUCCAAUCCUGGUAUUGUUAAGCAUUUUCAUUUUAUUUUUUUUUUAUUUUUUUUACGCGCACACACACACUAACGCAGAAACACACACUGCAGCCCAGAUUUACGAGAGCAAAGAGCUGGACGUGAAAGAACGAGAAGGUGAUGUGACUGAAGUUGAGUUUUUUUUUUUUCUUUAUUUGGGCUCCAUCCCAUCAGGGGAUCGGGUGCUUCUACUACCUCCUCCGCGGGGUCUGGGCUAGCCAGUCGGGUUCUGGGGAGGGUGGAGGACCUACAGCAACCCGAAAGCAGCACUUUGUAUCCCUCAGGUUCCUCCACCCGGGCAGUCCAUAAGAACAGAACACAGGGUGCUAGUGGAGGGAGAGUUAGUGGGCCUUGAGUACUGUCUGUGAGACGUUCCAACCAGCCUUACUGCUGCAGUUUCAGCGACAGGCGAAAGAUACGAAGGACCGGGUCGGGUUGACUUUGGCCCAGGCUGAAACAGCUCUCGGUACUGUAUUGUCUUCUCCCCCAGGUGGACUAGUGCUCUCCUGCUCAAAUGUAAAAGCACAGGGACCUCGAAGCGCAUUUUCACUGGUUCUAAAUUUAUAAUUUUCAUAUUGUGAUUAUAAUUAUUUUCUUCAUUUUUACUCUUAUUUUUUUGUUGUGUAACAAAAUAGAUGAACAUUUAAAGGAGGACAUUUCAAAACCACAAUAAAGGAAGACAAAAAAAAACGGAAUUUAUUUAUGAUAGCCACAUAGAGCACACGCGUUGUCAGAAAGGCACUAUUUAGAGGUUAACAUUAAUAUAUGAUGGUAUUGAAGUGCACAUUAUGCAAGGUAGAGUUUUGAUUACUUCAUUACUACUUCACCCAUAAUGUCCCGCCUUUUAGUGACCACCCAUCCGAACGGCUGCCUUGUCCAGAGAAGCUGGUCUAGGGCCUUGGGAGGGAAUGGCAGCCCAGCGCAGGCCAGAAGGGCAGAUAUGUUUGUUGGACCUAAAAUAGCCUAACCGGGUGCACGAGACAGACCAGCAGUGUAUCCCACACUCCCUCACUGUAGCAUCUCCCAAAGGACCAUGGGAAAUUUCCCACGAUAAUUCUGUUCAUUCUUCCUCCCUCCCUGCUACCAUGUGGUGCUGUGUGUGUGUGUGUUUGUUUGUACCUCCUCUUCAGUAACUCCAGUGAGACAUUUAUCUGUCUGUUUAUUCACACACAUUUAAAAAAAACAAUGACUAAAGAAAAUCAGUACUAGAUUACACCAUGACCAGACGACAUGUAUCUGCUCAUCACCUACAUUCUCCCAUCAGUUCAUUAAGAACAUCAAAUUUCACUUAAAAGCCAAGCCUUUUAUGAUCUGAGGUUUGUGCCUCUAAGAGGCUACAAAAUCUGCAAAUAUGCAAUUUUUAUUUAUUUUUUUAAGAAUUGAGAAAAAUCUACACCUAUGGAAAGUGUUCUUAAACCACUGAGAGAUGUAACAACAAAUAAGACAAAAACAAAACAAGCAAAAGUGCGUCACGCGGGCCUGCUUUUAGUUUAUUUUAUUUGUAGUAUUGUUUUAAAUAAUUUUUUUUCCAGUGAUUUGUUGACUGUGUGCUGUAGUUCCAAGGUAAACUGUGAAAAAAUACACAUUUUCAAAAUGAAAUGAACCUGGACAGUUUCUGAAGAAAAAGCUAAAAAAACACACACUAGGAAUCACAAACAAAUUGCUGUUUAGUUGCUGUCUGACUGCGGCAGAAUAUGACAAUCUUGUUAGUUUCUUUUAAUCUGAUGUCCUUCUCCUAGCUAACAUUUCUGACACUCUCCUCACAUUGCUAGGUUGGAUAUUCUCUUAGUUUUUUGCAUAAAAAGUUGGAGCAAUGUUGAGAGAAUGUUGGAAAUCUGGCUAUGACAAGUACUUCAGGCUACUGUAAAAUGCCUUGCUCGUAAUGGUCAGCCCUUGGUCACCUGACUCAGUAAUUUUGCACCGUUCUGUAGGUAAGAAACUGUAAAUACAUGAAUGUUUGUAUUGUUUAUGGAUCCUGGGUUGUUACGAUAGCCUUAUUCACCUUUUUAGGAAAGUAAAUGGGAAAAAAAAUACAUAAAAAGCGGAUUACCUGUCAGUAAAACAGAGCAUACUACUUUUUUUGGUAAAUAGCUUGUGUAAAUAAUGACAAGAUCCCAAUAAAACAUUUUUUAUAAACUCUUAAAGUAAGAUGUUUUGUAUAAAAAUUUGAAUUUUUUGCUAUGUAUUUUAGCUAGCGCUCGUUGGAAAGCCCGUGUCCUCCCACUCCCCCCCCUUUUGCACUGUUUCCAUGGAAAUCUGGUUUAAAAAAAUUGAAAGAUUAAGUUGCCAAACCAACUGCUGCAUAUUUGUGCCAUAAGUGUGUACCAUAAAUAUUUAUUGAUUUAGUUUUUUUUCUUCCAUUUUUUUUUUUUUUGUUUUUUGUUGAUUUGUCCAGUUUGUAAUUAACACAGUAUUAUGAUUGUGUUGUUCGUUUGUCUACCUGCCCUGGUUUCGUUAGUCCUGUCUGGUUUUCAGGUGACUGUAUCUGUGGACCCUCCCCUUGCAGUUUGAGAUGGCCAGGCCGUUGAAAUGGUUAAACAUUCAAAAACAAAAGAAAUGAAAGUGAGGAAAAAUGACACACAUUCCACCAGUCUGUUACAAACUGAAAAUGUUUUUCAAUAAAAUGUUUUUCCUAUGGA